AUGAAGAUUUCAGCGGGUCUUUUGGCUUCGGCCAUGGCCGGAUGGAGCGACAAUUUUAAUCGACUUCCUGAAGCCACUCAAUUUCAACAGUUUGAAGCCUGCAAAGAAGCCGUCCACGAAGUCCUCUCCAGCCACGACAUCCCCAACGGUGGCUUCAACUGCGACCACCUCUCGUCUCCAGGCGUGCACCACACUAUCUCCUGCUUCGCCAGCUGCGAUGCCGGCAAUUACGAAGCACAAUGGCGAACAUCGAGAUUUUUCGUCCAAUGCCGAAGCUCUCCAGUUGUCAAGAAAAAGUUCCGAGGCAGCCAAGAAUGCACAGUAGCUCCAGAAGACGAAUGCGAGGAUUUCUACAACGAAGCUCUUUUCCCAAUGGGCAAUUUCGUCCUGAAAGGUCACGCUAAACGAGGACGCCACAAACUCGCUCGAUUCGAGCUCCGAUGCCAGGACUCUGACGACUUUGCCAAGGCCACUUGCAUGUCCAAUCAGGGCACGCUCAAAUCAAAAGAAGAUCUCGACACUUUCUGCGUCCCCGAACAACCAUACUGCGAACCUCCAGAAGUCAUUGAAGGAGACUGGGUUCCGAUCAAAAUUCGAAAAAAUGGAGACAAAGUUUUUGAGCUCCACUGCCCAAAUACCAACUUUGACAUGAGAGGCAAAGUCGUCUGCAGCAAAUCUACUGGCAACUUCUGGAACAGGCAUCAUUCUCUAGACGAGUUCCUUACCUUCUGCGUUCCGAAUGGCGGCUCCGGCGAAGGUUCAGGCGAAAGCUCUGGCGAAGGCUCUGGAUAA